GGGCCCCGGGGAGGCGACAUGUACCGGCUCCUGUCAAGCCUGACAGCUCGGGCUGCGGCCGCCACGGGCCCAGCCCGGGGCGGAGGGCGGCGCGGGGCGCACGGGCGAACCCGCCUGCCCGUGCUGGGCCUUGGCUGGGCCGGCGGCCUGGGGCUCGGGCUGGGGCUGGCGCUCGGGGCGAAGCUGGCGGUCGAGCUGCGAGGCGCCGUUCCCGUUCAGUCUCCCACGGAUCCCGAGGCGGCGGGCGCCACCGAGCUGCCCCACGAUCAGGCCCCGGGCCCCGGGAGCCCGCACACGUCUCCGCCGCCCGCCGCCAGGGCCUUCUCCAGAGCCAUCGAGAGCAGCCGCGAUCUGCUGCACCGGAUUAAGGAUGAGGUUGGCGCACCUGGCAUAGUGGUUGGAGUCUCUGUAGAUGGAAAAGAAGUCUGGUCAGAAGGGUUAGGCUACGCAGAUGUGGAGAACCGAGUGCCCUGCAAACCAGAAACAGUCAUGAGGAUUGCAAGCAUCAGCAAGAGCCUUACCAUGGUGGCUCUCGCCAAACUGUGGGAAGCCGGGCAGCUGGAUCUGGACCUCCCAGUGCAGCACUACGUCCCUGAGUUCCCAGAAAAAGAGUAUGAGGGCGAAAAGGUUUCUGUCACGACAAGAUUACUCAUUUCCCACUUAAGUGGGAUUCGUCAUUAUGAAAAGGACAUGAGAAAAGUGAAAGAAGAGAAAGCAUAUAAAGCCCUGAAGAUGAUGAAAGGGUUCCUGCCAUCUGACCAAGAGAAAGAACUGAAAGAAAAGGGAGGCAACAGUAACGAAAAGAGGGACUCGCCUAAAGCGAAAGCCGAGCAGGAGACUGAGGGCAGAUGCCGGAAUGCAAAGCCUGCCAAGAAAAAGAAUGAUUUUGAACAAGGCGAAUUAUAUUUGAAAGAAAAGUUUGAAAAUUCAAUUGAAUCCCUAAGAUUAUUUAAAAAUGACCCUUUAUUUUUUAAACCUGGUAGUCAGUUUUUGUACUCAACAUUUGGCUAUACCCUGCUGGCAGCCAUAGUGGAAAGAGCUUCAGGAUAUAAAUAUUUGGAUUAUAUGCAGAAAAUUUUCCAUGACUUGGACAUGCUGACAACUGUGCAGGAAGAAAACGAGCCAGUGAUUUACAACAGAGCAAGAUUUUAUGUUUACAAUAAAAAGAAGCGCCUUGUCAACACACCUUACGUGGAUAACUCCUAUAAGUGGGCUGGUGGUGGAUUUCUGUCCACAGUGGGUGAUCUCCUGAAGUUUGGGAACGCAAUGCUGUAUGGUUACCAAGUCGGGCUGUUUAAGAACUCAAACGAAACGCUCUUACCUGGAUACCUCAAGCCGGAAACGAUGGUGAUGAUGUGGACACCAGUCCCUAACACCGAGAUGUCCUGGGACAAAGAGGGCAAGUACGCAAUGGCGUGGGGCGUCGUAGAAAAGAAGCAAUCUUACGGUUCCUGCAGGAAGCAGCGGCAUUACGCCUCACAUACCGGAGGUGCCGUGGGCGCCAGCAGCGUCCUGCUGGUCCUCCCUGAAGAGCUGGACCCAGAGACUGUAACCAACAAGGUUCCCCCACGAGGAGUAAUCGUCUCCAUCAUAUGCAACAUGCAGUCUGUUGGCCUCAAUAGCACUGCACUGAAGAUCGCCCUGGAGUUUGAUAAGGACAGAGCCGACUAA